AUGGCGAACCAGCAAGAAGCCGGAAAGAAGGACCCCCUCACGGGCAUGGCGCACUCUGAGGCGCAUUACUUCAACAGCUACAACCACCAUGGUAUCCACGAAGAGAUGCUGAAAGAUGAAGUCCGAACCAAGAGCUACCGCGACGCUAUCUACCAAAACCCUCACCUGUUCAAGGACAAGGUCGUCCUCGAUGUCGGAUGCGGCACAUCCAUCCUGAGCAUGUUCGCCGUAAAGGCUGGCGCAAAGCACGUCAUCGGUGUUGACAUGUCAACCAUCAUCGACAAGGCGAAGGAGAUUGUCGAGGUCAACGGCAUGUCGGACAAGAUUACCCUGCUACAGGGCAAGAUGGAGGAGGUUGUCCUACCCUUCGACAAGGUUGACAUAAUAAUAUCCGAGUGGAUGGGCUACUUCCUGCUCUACGAGUCCAUGUUGGACACCGUUCUCUACGCCCGCGACAAGUACCUGGUCAAGGACGGCUUGAUCUUCCCCGACAAGGCUACCAUCUUCAUGGCUGGUAUCGAGGAUGGCGAGUACAAGGAGGAGAAGAUUGGAUUCUGGGAUAACGUCUGGGGCUUCGACUACUCUCCUCUCAAGGCCACCGCCAUCACCGAGCCCCUCGUCGACACCGUCGACAUCAAGGCCGUCGUCACCGACCCCUCCCCCGUCAUCACCCUUGACCUUUACACCUGCACCGUCGCCGACCUCGCUUUCCGGUUACCGUACGAGCUCAAGGCGCGCCGCAGCGACUUCAUCCACGCCGUCAUCGCAUGGUUCGACAUCGAGUUCGCCGCCUGCCACAAGCCCAUCCGCUUCUCCACCGGUCCCCACACCAAGUACACCCACUGGAAGCAGACAGUCUUCUACCUGAAGGAUGUACUGACGGUCGAGGAGGGCGAGACCAUCAGCGGCAUACUAGAGAACAAGCCCAACGAGAAGAACCACCGCGAUUUGGACAUUAGCAUCUCAUACAAGCUCGAGGCGAACGACAUGCACAGGCAAGCAUCAGGCGAGUCACAGUACAAGAUGUGCUAG